GGUCCCCCCGGCCCACCCGGUCCACAGGGUGAAGUGGGUAUGCCUGGCGAGGAGGGUGAACAGGGUCCACCGGGACCUCAAGGGCAACCGGGAGAAUUCAGUACCGAGUACCACCGCAUGUUCCGCCGUCCUGACCGAAGGAACCCCGACGAGAUGAUGAAUGAUGCUCCUGCCAACGGUAUUGACUCCUUCGAAGACUUGCCAAUGUCGGAUGCUCCGGAAGCUGAGUGCGGUGGCCAGGAUGAGGAUGCCUUUACCGCGAUUCAGCGCAUCUCUGCGAUGGUCGAUCGCCUCUACACAGCUUCAGGCACCCAGCGCUUCCCCGCUCUAAGUUGCGCCGACCUGGCUCAUCACGCACCAAACACAAAGGAUGGUGAAUACUACAUAGACCCGAACGGUGGGCAUUGGCGUGACUCCUUCCUUGUGCGCUGUCAAAUGUCUACUCUGUCCACCAUCAUCGAGGCGAACCCCGAUGCCUCGGCCGUCUCCUAUGAUCGAGCCCACUCCAGAGAGGGCACUUUCUGGUAUGCGGAAGCCGCCUUCAAAAACCCCGAUGCUGAACUCGGCUACCACAUCUCAAAGGAUCAGUUGGCCCUUCUUCAGCGAGCUAGUGAACUCGCUACUCAAAAACUAGUCAUUUCUUGCCGUUACUAUGAGCCAACGGGUGAAAUUAUUCUACUGGGCGAUGAUAACAAACCCAUCAAUCUCACCCAGAGCGAUUCGGUCCUCCUGAACAUUGAUAUCGUGGAGAACACAUGCUCGGUGAGUCCUUAUGUUCUUCUACAAUGCCCAUUCAAAGGCCUAUGA